UGUUGUUCCUGAGCUGUAGUGGGUUGAGUCACAGGAUUAUUGACGCAGCUUCUCUCUUCAGCUCAGACACAUUCAUAGACGUCUCGAGAAGAAGACCAGCUGUAUGCUUCUUCAGUCUGACGUCCCUUACCUGCAGGAUGAGAAAAAGGCAGAUUUUUCUUUUCCUCGUCUCAAUCUUCAUUUCUAUGGGGAAAUCUGAUUUCGCACCAUAUUUUUAUGAUAAUGGUGAUGACAGUUUCAGUGGAAAUAUGGCGUUAUUCACUGUUGCAGAAGACACAUCUGUCGGAACUCAUUUGUAUACACUAAAUGGCUCUGACCCAGAAGGGGAACCCGUGACCUAUGGCAUGACCUUUGAUAAGGGCUACAAAGAGUAUUUCAAUGUUGAGCCCAAAUCAGGUCAUGUGACUCUCAUUGAAAGUCUGGACAGAGAGGUUCAGGAUGAGAUUGUGACAUUUGUGAGCAUCACAGAUGGCAGAAACAAGGUUGUGGAAAAAGUGAGUGUGUUUGUCACAGAUGCUAAUGAUGAAAAGCCAGAGUUUUUAAAUCUACCGUUUAUGGCAGACGUCCCUGAGGACAUCAAACCGGGCAGAAGCAUCUAUAGAGUCCAAGCUGUAGACAGAGACCUGGGGUCAGGAGGAAGUGUCACCUACUACCUGCAGUCUGAACUCAACAACAAAUUCACUAUUGAUGGUCACAAUGGAGUUCUGCGCAUUAAACUUGGUGAAUCGUUGGAUUAUGAACUUUCAAGGACUCAUUUUGUAACUGUGAUUGCAAAGGACGGUGGUGGUAAAUAUAAUGGGAAAUACAAUGUUUUGACCUCAACAGCGAUUAUAACCAUCAAUGUACUUGAUACCCAAGAUUCCCCUCCAGUAUUUGUUGGUACUCCAUAUUUUGGAUUCGUUUAUGAAGUCUCUGUUCCAGGAUCAGAAAUAUUCACUGUAAUCGCAAAGGACGGUGAUCAGAACAACGUCAAUCCAAUAAAGUAUUCCAUCCUAAAUGACAGUGAGGGAUUCUUCAGCAUCAACGGCACCAGUGGUUGUAUUAGCUUGACGUCAUUUCCCGUACAGCUGAGAAAUGAGCUAUAUGAAUUGAAAGUCAAGGCUUCAGAAGUUGGUUCUGACAACCAGUUACUUGACUAUGCCAUUACCACGGUUACUAUUCGUGUGAUGGACCUCAACAACCACCCACCAACCUUCUACGGUGAAACCGGUCCACAGACCAUGUUUGAGUUGAGCAUGUAUGAGCAUCCACCUGAAGGCGAUAUCCUCCGAGGUCUGAAGAUCACAGUGAACGACUCAGAUCAGGGAGCAAAUGCUAAAUUUCGACUGCUGCUGGUGGGUCCAGCACGAGUUCUCCGCGUGGUUCCUCAGACCGUUCUUAAUGAAGCUCAAGUUACCAUCAUCGUAGAAAACUCCACUGCCAUCGACUAUGAGAAAUAUCACUUCCUAACAUUCAAGCUGUUAGCCGUUGAGAGCGACACUCCAGAAAGAUUCAGUGCGACUGCAGAUAUCGUGAUCAAUCUUUUGGACACAAAUGACAAUAUUCCAAAGUUUUCCUCUGAAUUUUACAUCGCCAAAAUCCCUGAAAAUUCUCCCGGCGGCUCCAAUGUGGUUCACGUCACUGCGACAGAUCCGGACUCUGGGCUUUGGGGAGAUGUGAAAUAUUCUAUCUAUGGUUCUGGUGCCGAUCUGUUUUUCAUUCAUCACACCUCUGGUGUUAUUUACACACAGCCCUGGGCGUCUUUAGAUGCUGAAGUGAAGACAAAAUAUAAUUUCUACAUAAAGGCUGAAGAUAUUGAGGGCAAAUAUAGCCUUGCAGAGGUGUUUGUGACCGUGCUGGACCGAAAUGACCACCGCCCAGAGUUCAAUGACAAGUUCUUAGAGAAGACCAUGAUUAUUGGAGCUCCACUGAAAAUAGAGGCUGUGGAUGAGGAUGCAGAGGAACCCAAUAAUCUGAUUGAGUACUCCAUUCUGAAAGCUGAUCCAGACAACAUUUUCGACAUCAACGCAUCCACCGGUGAGAUCAAGCUGAAACCAUUUGCUAAAUCUAUGGAGAUUGUGCAGAACAUCACCAGGCAGAAAGACUGCCGGUGGUCCGUGGUGGUACAGGCUCGCGAUCAAGGCUCUCCAUCCUUCAGUACCACUGCUGUUUUGAAAAUUGAUAUCACAGAGGCGAAUGGGCUCAAAGGUCCUGUGGCUGCCUUUUUAAUGCAGAGUCGAGACAAUCCAGUGAAAGUUCUUGGUGUGGCAGCUAUCAUCGUUAGCGUUAUGCUACUGGCAACUAUAAUAAUCUCCACGGCUAUGUAUUUUCGCAACACAAAGUCUAACAGGAUCACACCAGCACGACGUAUCAUACGCAAGAGACCCAGAGAGCAUCACCAGUGGACCUUCAGACCUCCCCUCGGACUCACAGACAGUAACGAUACAAGGGGCAACCACAACAACAGCCCCAGGCAAAAGCCACCUGCCCCUAGUGCUCCUGUCUUACCCCCCUCGCCCUCCAACUCGGGCGAGCGACAGUGGCCGACAGUGCCCACAGUGUCUGGUGUCGUGACGUCUGAGAACUGCAGUCGCAGCUGUAGAUGGAGCUCAAAUAAACCCACAGAUAACGUUACAGGACACAUGAACUCAUCUCUGGUGUCUGAGUUAAAAAAGAGAAUAGAGCAGAAAAUCAUUGAUGCAAAUCAAAGUUAUUACUGCUGAAAACACUUAACUGGGUGAUUACCAUACAGAAACUGUGUGCACGAGCAUGGGUAGGGCUGAGCGGGGCACAAAGUAAUGCAGGAUAAAUUGUAACAUGGACCUUUUAUAUAUGUACACAAGGCCAAGCAAUCUUUGCUUUUGGUCUUUAUUUCUCAAUAUCAUAAUUGAUUCAAAUUUGUAAAAAGUUAUAAUGUGUUUUCAUUAAGAUACUAAAAAAAUAAGCACAACAGCAAAUUUCUUUAUCAUAUGUUUCAAUGGAUUCUGUGCAUUCUUCUGCAUCGGCCCCCGGAAAAGCGCAAAUUCAAAUCAGUGUAAUUCCUGCAUAUUUUCCCUAAAAAUCUCGCAACAGCACCGUGCCACUUACUAGUCCAUAUCUGGCAUUUAAACUAUUUAUAAAACUACUACGUUAUAAUACAUUUAGAGAAUGUCUCAUUGUGCAUCUUUGGCAGGUUUUAACCUUUUCAAAGUUACAGUUUAAAGGACACCUAUAAUGCAAAAUCCACUUUUACAAGAUGUUUGGACAUAAUAUGUUGUAAACACAACCACCCUAUGAUGUAAAAAAUAUACCCGCUUCUUGUUUUUUAAUCCCCAUUAAACCAUAGCAGUCUCAUUAGACAUGCCAUUUUAAUUCUCUCAUCAAUGUGAGGUCACAUUGAUAAAGCCCCGCCCACUUACAGUCCUGCAUUACCAUUGUUUCCACUCUCGGCGAGUUCUACUCUGUCCACUAGAUACUAUUGUCUCUCAGACUGUAUUAAUCAGAUCUAUUUUAACUGAAAGCGCUCACUGUAUGUUUGUAAGGGAGUGAGGAGCUGUAGCUCAUUUGCAUUUAAAGGUACAGACAUUAAAACAGAGCGGGUAAAUAGGGUCAUUUUGCACAUGUUAUAAUGACCUUGGGGUAUUUUAGUUGAAACUUUACAGACACAUUCUGGGCACAUCUAAGACUUUUAUUAAAUCUUGUAAAAAGGUUACAAUAGGUGCCCUUUUUAACAUAAUGGAAACAACGCACUGUCACCAAAACAAAAGAGAGUUGCGUCAGCGAUCUGGCGUCAGCAUUGAUUAUGUAUUCUCAUUAGUAGAAAAAAACAUUUACCAUAGUACAUAUGCGUUUGCUUUUGAGUGUCUGUGACAUGAAUAAAUACAUGAUGUGCUUAAAAAGACCAUUUUGAGGAGCCACAACUGCAAUUCUUACAAUAUUUCUGUGUGUGUGUGUGUGUGUGUGUGUGUGUGUGUGUGUGUGCGUGCGUGCGUGCGUGCGUGCGUGCGUGUGUGUGUGUGUUUUUGCGGUUGUGUGCGUGUUUGCGGUUGUGUGCAUGUGUGUUUCGGAUGGAUCAAACAUUUAAUGUUACAAAUGGAUGGUAAAGCAGAAAAGCAGAAGUUCUUUUAGGCUUCAGCUGUGUUGUACCUUGUUUUACAGUAUUUUAUCUCUGUCUCUAUGUGUUUAAAAUGUCUUGUAUCUGUAAAACUAUAAUAAAAAAAUUCAAGAGG